AUGGCUUUCUCUACAGCAAAUUGCCGAUUCGAACACCCAGGCGCCGCACCCAACCCCUUCAGCCAAGGAGGCGGCAACCGAUUCAAUGCGCUGAGCUCUGGUGGGGGAGGCUCCGGCGGGGGAGGACGCGCCGACGGCACGUAUCCCUACAAGAUCACCAAGGACGCCAUCAAGAUCGACCUGCUCGACGAGAGACCGCAGUGGAUUCUGUCUUCCUACGGCCCCGGUAGGGACGCGCCGGAGCAGCUGUUCGGUGGCUUCCCGAGAGAGCAGAGUUUCGAGGAGAUUAGGCUUUCCUUUCUCACAAGUGCGAACCCACAACAGACUCUGCAAGAAGUCCAAGGACUCUACCAGCAAGCCGAGCACCAGAUCCAGACUUCACUCAACAAUCUUGACGGAGCUGUACAAUUCGUCCUCGCCGCCGAAAACAAACACCCGAACCGGAUAGACGUAUGUAGAGAGAGCUCGCGCCAAGGAGGAUCAACCGGUGCCUUUGCCGUGGGAAACACGUCCAGUGGCUUCUCGGCGAGCCCAUUUCAGUCGGCACCGUCUGCCACCGCGAACCCCUUCGCUGCCGCCUCCCAGCCAAGUCCCUUUGGGGCGCCGGCAUCCGCGGCACCUACGACUGGCGCUUUCGGCCAACCUUCGCAGCUUGGAGCAAAACCCAACCCCUUUGGCCAGCCAGCACAAACGGGUGGCUCAGCUUUUGGGCAGACUUCAGCACUCGGCGCCAAGCCGAACCCCUUCGGCCAGCCUGCCCAGACAGGUGGUGCUGCCUUUGGACAGACUUCUGCGCUCGGCGCAAAGCCGAAUCCCUUCGCAGCUGCUGCCUCUGGCCCGUCCGGAUUCGCUGCCGCUGCCUCUCAAGGCAGUGCCUUCGGCCAGCCCUCGGCACUGGGAGCAAAGCCCAACCCGUUCGCUGCCGCUUCCGGCAAUGCUACCCCUUCUCCCUUUGGAGCGGCGUCUCAGGCAUCGCCUUUCGGAGCGCAGUCCCAGCCCCAGAAUGCAUCCCCUUUUGGUGCACCAUCUCAGCCGCAGAGCGCUUCUCCGUUUGGGGGAGCAGCUCAAAAUCAGAAUGCCUCACCGUUCGGCGCACCUUCACAACCACAGGGCAACAGCGCUUUUGGUGCUCCAUCCCAGCCAGCCUCCGGCGGGUUUGGUGCCCCAUCUCAGGCGAGCUCUGGCGGCUUCGGUGCGCCAUCACAGCCCAGCGGCGGAGGGUUCGGUGCGCCGUCUCAACCCAGCGCUGCGCCGGCCAACCCAUUCGGACAACCAGCGCAGCCGAGUGGUUUUGCUACAAGCCCGGCGGUGCCCAACCCAUUUGCUGCAGCGAGCAAUGCCACAGCGACUCCGGCAACACAAGCCAUGGACACAUCGACGCCGGCCGCGCCGUCGAACCCCUUCGGGCAGCCAAUGAGCAAUGGGUUCGCCAACCCCUCGAACAACGCCUUCACCCAGGCCGCUGCAAACCAACCAGCGCAAGCGGACGGCGCCAAAAACCCUUACCCACCUGACAGCGGCAAGCAACACCCGGACGUGAACUCUUACGUGGCUAGGAUGGGAAAUCGGAUCAUACGGUUCAAGAACCAGCCCGUGGCGUACCAGGACGGCAAGCCUGGCGUACAGGGGUCUGGCGGGCAGUGGUCCAAGAUCUGGUUUCCCAACGGGCCGCCAAGCUACUACGCGGCUACGGAAAUCGAGGACAAGAGCGUGUACACAGAUGCGAUACGGCAGGCGUACGCGGAGAGCGGGAGGAGUGCGCGGUUCACGGGCGAUAUGCCCGAGGUUCCGCCCCUGCGCGAGGACUGUGUAUGGGAUUUCUGA